GAAUUUUGCAACUUGACUUCUCUCCAAGUUCUAGAUUUGUCUUAUAAUAACUUGAAUGGAAUGAUCCCACCAUGUAUUGGAAACUUAAGUAAAUCCUUGGUGAUUUUGAAUUUGCAAAGAAACAACUUCAAAGGUACAAUUCCUCCAACUUGGGUAACUGGAAACAAUCUAAAGGUGAUUAAACUAGGACAAAAUAAGUUGAAGGGGAAGCUACCAAGAUCAUUGGCAAACUAUAGAAUGUUGGAGUUUCUUGAUCUUGGUAACAAUCAUAUCAGGGAUACCUUUCCUUAUUGGUUAGGAACUCUUCUCAGAUUGAAGAUUCUCAUUUUGCAUUUCAAUGAGUUCUAUGGUGCAACUAAUGUUCCAGAGUCGGAUUCCUUAUUUCCUAAUCUUCAGAUCGCUGAUCUUUCUCAUAAUGGAUUUAUUGGCCUUCUACCAACAGAAUACUUCAAGAGGUGGAAUGCCAUGGUAGAAGUUGAUGAGGAGAACACCAAAUACUGGCAUGCAUAUGACAAUUUUAUUUUGAAUAAAAUCAUCUUAUCUGCUCCAUAUCAUUACUUAAUGACAAUAACAAACAAAGGCGUGAAGAUGGAUUAUGCAAAGGUAUUAGAGAUUUUCUCAGCCAUUGAUCUUUCUUGCAACAAAUUUGAGGGAGAGAUUCCUGAUGUAGCAGGGAGCUUAAAGGGACUUCAACUGCUUAACCUUUCCAAUAACAUCCUCGUUGGUCCAAUCCCACCAGCCUUGGGAAAUCUCAAAAAUGUUGAAGCUCUAGACCUUUCUCAAAACAAGCUCACAAGAAGCAUUCCCAUGCAACUAACACAGCUCAAUUUCCUUGAAGUCUUCAAUAUCUCGCACAACCAUUUGACAGGACCUAUUCCGAGAGGGAAAUGUGAUAACUCAAAGGCCUCGCCUCCACCAUCUUCAACCUUUAAAGGAAAUGAAGACUCUGGAUUGCUAGCUGAAUUUGGUUGGAAAACAGUGGCAUUGGGUUAUGGAUGUGGAUUCCUUGUUGGUGUGGUGAUUGGAAACAUUGUUUUUGCAAGAACACGUGAGUGGUUGAUGAGGACUUACCGAAUCAGGCUAUCAAGGGAGAGAAGGAUGAGGAGGAUCCAGUGAAGAUGAAUGUUUAUCUGUUAGUGGUAGAUAUAGCCUUUCGUUCUGUAUUUCUUUUUCCUACAUUUCUCUAUUUUUUCUUCUUGUAUGUGGGAAUUAUAAUUCAAGUAGAUGGCGUGCAAAACCAAUGUAUUGUGUGGAUUGUUGUACUUUAAAGCUGCAUCAAUAAACUAGACUUCAACUU